AUUGUGGGGUGAGUAGGUGCAAUAGAGGAACUGCGGCAUCUACGGAUAGUUUUAGAGAGGGGGUGAAGUUGGGUGCGGGAUGUUGCAUGCCUUCUGCCACUUUGGAUGCUAAGCCAGAAUGUUCCUUUUGCAGAUAUGUCAGGUCAAAGGAAGUGUCCAAACUGUGGCAGUUCAAGAAUAGCAGAGGAUUCUCACUAUUCUCAGGACCAUCUGGUGUGUGUGGACUGUGGCUAUAUUCUGAUUGAAGGAUCCCUCACGACCACUUACACUGAUGAAUCGUAUCUGCAACCGGUGACUUAUUUGCAAAGUAGUGGUCAAAAUGAACAGAAGAGCCGAAGUGUACUAAGAGGUACAAGGCGUGUCCGGCACCUGUGUGAAGUUCUUCGCCUUCCCUCUGAGUUCAAAGAUACAGCCGUGGCUUAUUAUGAACGGGCAAUCAAACACUCCACUUUCCACUGGGUCCGCUUGAAUAAGAAAGAGAUUUUGGUGGGCUGUUGUAUCUUUGCAACCUGCCGGCAGCACAACUGGCCCAUUACCAUGGGGUCCAUCUGCUCACUUCUCUAUGCAGACAAGGAGGUGUUUGCCACGACCUACUUCAGCUUCUUGAAGGAACUGGAACUAGAUGUGCCAGCUCUGAGUUUGGUAGACCUGGUGAAAACUCAGCUUGGCAGCUUUCAGCUAUUCCAGAACUCAUCCAAUAUCCCAAGUGAAUUUGUGGAGGAUAGGAAGAAACUGGAGACUAGGACAGUCGAGCUGGUGGAGCUUGCCAGCGAGACAUGGCUGGUGACAGGCCGGCACCCUAUCCCCAUAAUCAUAGCAGCAGCCUACCUGGCUUGGCAGUCUUUACGCCCUGCUGGUCGCGUCACUCGCACCCUUCCCCAGUUCUGCAUGCUUGCUGGUACGGACCUGCCGCCACCAGCUUAUCAGCGGUUGAAGGAGCUUCGUAACAUCCUCCUCAAGAUGGCAUCUGAACUAGCCUGGUUGCGAGUUCUCAAGGUGAACAAGAAGAGCGUGGUAAAAUACAUUGCAGACCUGCUGCAGUAUCGUUGCCGGCUCCUGCGAGCUGCCUUUGACACAGGAGACUCUGCUGCAGAUGACUGUUUGGGAGAUUUGGCAGCAGAACCACUGGAGGCUCUUGAUACAGAGACAAAUGUCAAGGCGGAAAGGGCUUUGGCUUCAGAAGAGAAGCUCCAGUGCAGCAGCCAGCAGCCCCCUUUGCUCCCACCCUCCAUGCUUAACCCCAGGAAGAAGCAGCGAAGGGACGUUCCUUCCCCACAGCUCUCAAUCAUUGGAGACGAGCCCAUUUUGGACAGUGAAAUACAGCAAUAUCUUCGGACCCCGGAAGAAAAGGAGAGGUUCUGCAAGGCCCAAGCCUCCCUGUGAUGCUGUGCAGCCACUGCCCCGAGUGUGGUUCAUCCAGUCUGACGUUUAAAGUUCCGGAGUUGUUUCCAUUCCCAUUGUAGGGAUCACUUGACUGUAGGCGUGUAUGUGCGGGGUGUGUCUGUGUAACAUUUAAAGACAUAUCACCCAGAAAGAUCCAUGACAACAAAAGAACUUUUUGUUAGUCCAUGUCUGUUGAGAUGUGCAGCUUAUUUUAUAAAAUUGCUGUUGAAUCUGGAUUUAGUGUGCUCCACUUUCCCAUGCUGGAAGGCAGGAAAUAGAUGAUGGGUGGGAGAAAGCAGGCGCCGAAAAUGUUUUCAGUUCAAUUCUUUUUCAAAGCCAGGAUUGGGGCUAUCUUUAUACAGUCAAAGAGCUUUUGACACUCUUCACUUCCUUUUUGAAGCUGAGCAUCCCAGCCACUCAUAGAUUACUUCCUGCCCUCAAGGUGGGCAAGCUGCUGCACUCUGGCUUCUCCCCAAGCUGUACCCAUAACAUUUGAAAACAAGUGAUCAGGUGCAUAGCUUGAUUGGCAGCAGUUGACCGCCAACUGCAAGUAAUGAUGCUGGUAGGAGAAGUAACCACAUCAUUGGCCUGGGCAUAUACUCAGUCCCUGCAAGGUUAGCAUGUGAUGAAGCCGUGGUCAAGCAGUUCUGAGACUGAUGAAGCAAUGCAUGUACCUGUCGGUAAGAUGAAGCAGUCAGUGAAAGUUCAGCCCACCCCCAAUUACUUAGCUCUUCAACAGAGAGGGAAAUGUAACCUGAGAAAAAGUAGAACCUUCCUUUUUUUUGGAAAGAGUUUGCUUUGAGCACUUCUGUUUCUUUCCCUUGGUACCCUGUUUCCCCCAAAAUAAGACAUCCCCUGAAAAUAAGACGUAGUAGAGGUUUUGCUGAAGUGCUAAAUAUAAAGCAUCCCCCGAAAGUAAGA